AUGCCCCUCUAUGAGCUCUUCUGCCUGGCCAAGCCUGGCCUAGGUAAGCCUCACCUUGCAUCGAUGAUCUCCAGCAUCGGCAAGAAGGUCCUGGCCAGCGGCGGUGUCCUCACUGAUGUAAAGUCCCACGGCGAGCAGGCUCUCGCAUACGACAUCAGGCGGCCGGGGGAGCGGUACUCCCAGGCCCACAUCUGGCAGGUUACCUUUGCCUCCACCCCAGAGGUGCUCAAGGACAUCGACCACAGCCUCCGCGUGGAUGAGACCGUCCUGCGAUGGAUCGUGCAGAAGCGAGAGUACCUGGACCGGCUCCCGAACACGCAUCGCGUGGCCAAGAUGGCCCAUCUUGCGGCCGUGCCAGAGCAGCCUGCUGACGCUCAGCAGACGUGA